AUGACGCCGUAUCUCACGGCGCUUGUCCUAUUAACCACCAUCUCCGCCACCGCUGCCGCAACCGGAGGAUACAAAAACCACACAGUAGGUGGCACCUCCGGAUGGUUUUUCAACUCAACCACCAACACGCCCGCCACAAAUUACUCUUCUUGGGCUUCCACUCAAACUUUCAACCUCGGCGAUUAUCUCAUUUUCAACACGAAUUCAAACCAGAGCGUGAUUCUCACCUACAACAACACCGUGUACUUGAACUGCACUGCCGAUGAUUCCGACACCGGAACAUUCAUAUACAGCAGCGGACCAGAUAGUUUCAACCAGGCGUUGACUAUUCCCGUUCCGUUGACUAUUGUGGGACCCAACUACUUCUUCUCCGAUACUAGCGACGGUGUUCAGUGUCAGCACGGUUUGGCAUUUGAGAUCCAAGUCCAGCGUGGUUUAGGCUUGCCGCCGAGUCUUAAUCAGCCUCCUCCUCCGCCGUAUAAAGAGCCGCCUGGUCCUGAUAAUGCUCAAUCUCCGUCGGUUACGGUAGCGGAUAUGCCUAAGAAUGACGCGUUCUCGAAACGCGCUGACGUGCGCGUGGGAGUUUAUGGGUUGGGUGCAGCACUUGUAUUGUUGCAAUUUUGGUGA